GGAAGAUCGCACCGAAUAGGUACAGUGAAGAUUCCGCUCGCACAGUAAGCCUACCUCUGACGGCGGAUGGUUGCAGAAUGGGGGAGUCGAACAUCGUCUCGGGAUAUUUACUCAAAUGGACCAAUAUCCUCAAAGGAUAUAAAAAGCGAUGGUUCCUCUUGCAAAAUGAUCUUCUAUCAUAUUACAGGUAACGUAGACAGGUUAAAAACUAUUCGACUCAUCAGGUGCCCCGAGGCAGUUGGGCGGCGCUGUCGUGGAACGUUUAACUUGAAGGAUGCCACACUGGUGAUCCCUAGCUCUCAGACUUCCUUUGUCUUGGUUGAAGCUACUGGGCGGAAGCACCACCUGAAAGCUUUAUCAGAACAGGACAAGGAAAUGUGGAUCAAAGUGUUAACAGAUUUGACAAAUGGUCAAAAUAAUACCGAUGUUGAGUCUGAUAACUACUCAGAAGAUUUGGCUGUCAACAACACUCCGGAAAGAUGUCAGGUGGUUGCUGGUCGUCGACGGUUCUUUCGCUACAGGAGAUCCGGACGACCCAAACUAGGCUCCAAACACUCGAGUUCACCAAACCUGCCGCAGGAUAAUGGAAAGCUUCACAAAGUUGAAAAGUUUUCCUCAGCGCCCACUCGCCCCCUAGGAACUCAGUUGCUUGUGACCGCGGAUCAGUCUGAAGUGCAGCAGGCAACCGGAAAACCAACUUACUCUAGUCGCAGUACAUAUUUGAAAACUGAAAACCGUUCUCCACCUUGCCCCACAAGUGCUUUUUCUCACUUACUCAGCCGUGUACGUAAACCAAGCUUGACAACUGAGGCAUCCGCGUUACACGAACUUGUGGUAUCUGUACGAUCGUUUCAGGAGCGUUUGAGAGAUCAUACAAAUUCAGUUUGUGCUCACACUACAUUCAUCGAAUCGUUGAUGUCCAAACCCGAAUCAAACGAUAUUUUUGGUCGACCUGCUGCUCCUGCGUCCGAUUUGUCUGAUCAAACUCCUGCUCAGCAAGAAUCCGAACAACUGGUGCACUGUUUUAAGACUGCACUGGAAGAACAUCGUCAAUACGUUGGACAAUUUCAGGAAACUUGCUCGGAGGCUUUACAGUUUCUUGUUACCAAUUUCGAAAGAUGGCAUCGUCGUAUUUUGGCCGAACAGGAACGCUGUCUCGGUCUUGAGCGUACCAUAGAACAGCUGGCGAGACAACAUCGCGCAUUAGAGCUGCAACUCUCUCAGUACUAUGCUCCGCUUGAUUCAGCAUCUUUUGAAACUGUCCGCGCCCCUCAAGGUGGCACCUUACGUCGGGCGGACACAUUCGAGAGAAGCGCUAGUGUGCAAUUGGAAUCGGUGGGCAGCACCGAAGAUGAUCAGUUUUUCGACGCUGUUUCGGUUAUCCAGUACCAAUCGAAUGAAGCUCUUUCGGCAUCCGACCUAAAUCAGUCCACGCAAGUUCGGCUACCACUUCCAAGGACCGAAGGGGUGCGCGCUUCCGCGACCAGUCUCAUUAGUCUAGAAAGCGUCGAUGAGUCUUCUGGUUCCGAUAGUUGUGCGGAAGGGUCGACAGAAUCGGAGCUACGACUACGUCGUCCACCGCCAGCCACCUCGGAGCGCCAUCGAGGAACCUAUACGGAGGCUACACGACCCAGCGUGCCGCCUGUGAGCCUGACAAUAAGAAAAAGACGUACCACUAUCCCACCAUCUCCUAAAAUCGCCCUCAAUCUGUGGAGUAUAAUCAAAAAUGGCAUUGGCAAGGACAUUACGAAGAUCCCACUUCCGGUUAACUUCAAUGAACCCAUCUCUUUCCUCCAACGUGCAAGCGAAGAUCUCACGUACUCGGAACUUCUCGACCGAGCCAGCGAAACUAAGGAUCCUGUCGAACAAAUGGCGUGGGUGGCCGCUUUUUCUGUUAGCUGCUAUGCCACCACUGCGAUCCGUACAGGGAAACCGUUCAAUCCACUAUGGGGUGAAACGUUCGAGUUUGACCGAUCGGAUGACUCCUAUGGAUGGCGACUUAUAGCUGAACAGGUGAGUCAUCAUCCCCCUGGCUCUGCACUCUACUGUGAAUCCGUUCACCGCGGAUGGAAAAUAUGGCUUGAGUUUUACUUGGUCAGCAAGUUCCGCGGCAAGUACAUGUCGGUCUUUCCAAAAGGUACCGUCAAUCUACUGUUGCCUGACGGAUCGCGCUACACUUGGACGAAGGCGACCACCGUAGUUCACAACCUCAUUGUUGGUAGUCUCUGGAUUGACAAUUAUGGAGAUGUGGUGAUCCGCAAUCAUACCUCCGGUUAUAACUGCCCGAUGCGAUUCAUUGCCCACUCAUAUUUCGGUCGGGGUCCUCCAAAACAAGUUACCGGUGUGAUUCAGAACCCUUCGGGAACCCCUAAAUGCCUCAUCCGUGGCUGCUGGGAUAGUCACAUAGAAAGUCAACCUGUUUCUGAGGACGGUUCACCUAUUGGUGACUCAAAACUUCUGUGGCGAGCCACACCACCCCCACCGGGUUCCGAAAACAUGUACAAUUUCUCCCUGUUCACCGUGGAAUUGAACGAGCUGGAACCUGGUAUCGCACCAACUGACUCUCGUCUUCGACCAGAUCAGCGCCUAAUGGAAGACGGAGCGUGGGACCAAGCAAAUGAGGAGAAACGUCGAAUCGAGCAGAAGCAAAGAGCAAAGCGUCAUAGGUGGGAGGAGGAACAAGCAUCUUCCUCUGAACCCCUGGAUCCCCUGUUUACUCCUUGCUGGUUCUCACUCGCCACCGACAGCGUAACUGGAGAACAGUCGUACGUUUACACCGGAAAAUACUGGGAGGCCAAGUCUCGACAAGACUGGUCGUGCUGUCCUGACAUAUACUGACCGUUGUCUUUCCUUUUUACUGUUACUCAUUGCCUUGAAUUGACUUCGUUUUACCCUCAGUUUGUCAUGCGUCUAUCACCGUGUUUUAGCACUUUCAAUUCGACUGACUUUCUGGACACACGCAUCACCCUUGCGUGUACACUUUCACGAAAGCAUUCGCUGAAUGUGCCUUUUCAGUUCGUUACUGCUCAGAAAUCGCUUCAUUACCUUAUAACCUUGUGAAUACUAUGAAAAAUGAGUUGUAGUCUCUUAGUUUCAGAAAAAUAUCAUUUUAUUUGCCUAUCCAGAACCACCUUUAUCUAGCACAGGAGUUUUUUGUUCCCAUAACAGGGUACCUCGACCCUCUUGCCCUGCGCUCCCUAGUCCCAGCUCAUUUGUCAUUCUUCUGUGAUUUGCUCUCCUGUGCAUCCGCUUAUUGUGAAUUCUGUGCUUAUGUACCCCUAACCUAUUUUUGUACAUCCUCUACAAAAUCCGUCACUCUAUUCGCCUCCGUUUCGGCUUCACUAUCCGUGCCUAUCAAGUCAACUUAAGUCAUGAUGGAUAACUUGUUAUCUAUCGCCUGGGACGACGAACCGCUUACUCACUUGUAAAUUCUUUGCGAACGCUUCAUGUGUUGUCAGCCUCCGUGGGAUGUCACUGUCAAACUAGGUUCGCGAAUACAUAUCAG